ACUCUACCUGGCAAGUAGAUACAUGUACACACAUGGUGUUACCGCAAACCAAUAAAAUACAUUUUUUAAAUUAAGAUGCACAGGCUGAAUGCUCCCAAUAGUGACAACUGCAACACAUUUUAAGUUCCGUAAUGGUUGUCUUUUCUCAGAGCUGUGGUGUAUUUUGUUGUGUGCUCAGAAAGACACAACAACAAGUUACUGGAGAAAGCAAUUGUUUUUUUUUCAAACACCAGAGUGUGAAAGUUUUUUUGCCAUUCAUCAAGCAACAUCUUAGGAAUGUUAAAAGCUGAAUGGGUAAUCACCGCUUGUGGGUAAUUUUAGCAACAAAAAUGUAACAGUAAAUUAAUUGUUGCCAAAUAAUUGUUGUCAGGAGCCAGUUUAUUACUGGAAAAAAAAGUACUCUAUGUGGCUGGAAGAAGGUGAUGAAGAGCCUUCUUCUGGGCGUACAUUUCAUUUUGUUGUCACUAACAAAAAACUGUGUUCCAAUUUUGUGUGUUAUCCAAAUGUUAUGAAGUAAAGCUUUAAUUGUCUGUAUAUACAGUACAUGUUCGAUAUGCCCACUAAAUAAAGGCGUUAACAAUUUUUAUGGAAGUUAUAAAAGUGUCUCCAGAAUUAUUUUUAACCACUUUUGCUUGCCUGAUUCAUAGAAGGAAGUUUCAGACCUCAAAAUAACCCAUGGCACUCACUGAGAGCAAUUGCCAUGGUGCCCUUUGCAAAGUUCCUAUAACAAUUUAACUAUUCCUCAUCGAAGUGCCCCUGACCAGAGGAAAUUUGCUGUGCCCCUUCAAGAAUAAAAUUCAAGGCCUUAAGUUUCCAAUAGCUAGCUUUGUUUGUAAAAAGUUUCCAAGAGAUUAUUGAAAACUAGAACCUGUAACUUUCAGGCCUGUAUGCUUCGUUUUUGAAAGGGCAAGGGCACCAAGGCACUUUCUCCUCGGUUGAGGGCAUCCUAGUAUGUGUAAAUUGUAAAUGUCUACUGGAUUGUUCAAGGGCACCAGGGCACAUUGACCAGGGGGGCAUGGAGACAGUUGCCUUUGUUGCCUCAGUGAAGUAUCAGGCCUGAACUUUCAUGUAUAAACAUUUGAGUUCUUGUCGUGAUAAACUGUUGGCUUACCCUCAUUCCCCACACAAUUUAGAGAGUUAAUUGCAUGUUGUUGCCAGAUUAUUUGGACAUCCAACUCCCACUGUCUCAACUAUAUAUGAGUUAUUUUUAUGUACACGUACUGUUUUCCACCCUGUGCGUGGAUCCGCUUUGUAGACAACAUAUUGGAAAAUGACUUUUUAAUUAAGCUAUUUUGUUGACACAGUGUGAAUGUGCCUUGAAGAACUCUCUUGGUAGGAAAUUCUGUUUACUCCAUGCUGUUAGUCAUUAAGAUGAAGGUUUGAAAGUGCACUGACUGGCCUCGAGACAAGCUUUAUAAUAAGGUUUUUAUGAUAUUAUACCACGUCAUUUAUCAGACAAAAUAAACAUCCGUAAAAAAUGUUGAUUCUGAAAUUUCAUUUGAUAGGGCUUUGGUGUAGUUCCCUGUAUACCCUUUCACACUAUACUUUAAUCUUGAGAAUCUUUGUGUUCAGGAAAAUAUUUUAACUCUGAGAUUUUCCAGAUAAGUGGAGCAUCACACAGCACUUUUCAGGGCUCAACAUUCUCCAACUGGGUAAUAAGGGUAAUAUUUAACCCAGCCCAGGACGAGGGUUAACCAACCAAUCUCGGUGUUAGGAUGGAGCUGGGUUAACCUUUCUCUAGAUUAGAUACUGUAGUUUGAAAGGUCAUUUUUAAUCCUUGUAGGAGAAUUUUACACAUAACAGAUUGCCAUGGAAAGCAGUCAUUAGUAUAGAGGAAAGGUUACUGUUGAACGUCCAUGCUUACAUUUUAUUAUGCUUCACACUAAAAAAUGUUGCUUAGCCACACACUGCAUUUUGAGUUUUACUUACAAAACUUUAAGUCAUCGCAACUGAGUUUCUACUUUAAGACAAGUUACAUACCACACUAUAUAUCAAUUAGUUUGGACAGCAACACAAAAAUGUUCAAUUUUGUACUGUACCUGUUUAUUUUGUAGAGAAUGAUUUAUUGCCGCCAAUUAAAAAACUUGUAAUAAUUAUCCCAGUUCAUGUGUGUAAAGCAAACAGAAACUCUGGGUAAUUAAAUUCCACCAAUCAAAUAAUUUAGAAGACCUGUCCAGGUAUUAAGUUUGGUGCGUGACUUUUCCAAGCUCUGUAAGGCAAUAUAAAGGAGAAUUUCCUAUAAAAGGUACGCUGAAACUCUCUCUCUAUCUCUUGCUAUACAUCUGAUUGGUCACCAUGCGGUUCAUGCUGCUGAUGAGUGUGGUGUUAGUGUCGGCCCUCACAGAUGCUGGAGAAGUAUUUCGCGAUGACUUCAGCGGAAUGGCGGAGAGGUUCUUCAUGGGGGAGGACAAUUUGGCUUCCAAGCUGGAAAUGACACCAUCGGAGAACUGCUUGGAGGGUGAUAUGGAAUUCUCUGAGCAACAGAAAGAAGUUUACUUCGCCAUGAGAGCUGUAACGGCAAAGAACAGGGCAAGAGUGCGGAGGGACGCUACCGAGGCGUUCAAGUUGUGGCCGGAGAAAACUGUUGUCUACGAAUUCCAUCCUGAUUUCAGCCCUGAAAUGAAAGCUAAAUUCCAUGAAGCAGCUCGUGAAUAUGAGGAGAACACAUGUCUCAAGUUUACUGAGGCAAUGGACGGAUACUCCGGGGACGUAAAGCCAUUGCUCGUCCACAGCAAGAAAAAGGGGUGCUCAUCCACUAUCGGGGGACCAGGUGGUAAUCUGAAUCUGGAAGAGAAGAUGUGUGGCCAUUUUGGUGUAAUCUUGCAUGAGCUCGGCCACUCCUUGGGACGCUACCACGAGCAGACCCGCAGUGACAGAGAUGAACAUGUCAGCAUCAUUGAGGAAAACAUCAAGUCGAGUUACUCUCAUAACUUCAAGAUAGCGGAUCGACCACUGCUGGUCAUUUACGAUCUUCAGUCCAUCAUGCAUUAUUCAUCCGAUGCCUUCAGCAAAGACGGCAGGUCAGAAACAAUAAUACCCAAGAAAGAAAGUGAGAAACUGAAGAUGGGACUGCAAAAGCGUCUCACAAGACUUGACAAACUCAACCUCAAUACUAUGUACGAUUGUUUUGAAAACUGUCCCGAGGACAUGAGUGAUAAAUGCCUGAAUGGUGGGGUGCCUUAUAUUGACUGCUCCUGCGACUGUCCUGAAGAGUAUACCGGAGUGUUUUGUGAGAUCUUCAAAAACCCACCAGCAGGUUGCGGUGAGGAGUUCGUUGGGCCAUCUGGUACGGUACAAACUCCUGGCUUCAAGAUCUCAGGAGGUAAAUAUCCGAGCAACCUUCACUGUAGCUAUGCCAUCAAGUGCCAAGAAGGAGAGCGAGUUCAUCUGGAGUUCACAUCGUUCAACAUUGAUGGAUAUGGCUGCUUCUACGAUCGAUUUGAGACCAAGAUCGGGAGCAUUGUGGAUGAGGUGUACCCUGACACGUACUGUGGAAAGGAUCUGAACGGGAAGUCACUGGUGUCCGAGACCAACCUUGCACUUAUGACCUUCAUCAGUGACAGCUCCUACAACUUUCCAGGAUUUCAGUUGAAUUACAAGUGUGAACCGAAGUAAAUGGUUUGACCGAAAAGUGAUCGGGGGUUGUGUUUUCGUUAUUGACCGCAACGGUAAUUGCAAAAACGCACCUCAUAUCUAACCUUUGUUUGUAAUAGCCUGGUAGUCCUUGUUUAGUAGUUGACAUCAUUAUGGUGCGUAAUAAACCUAUUUCCAUUCCAUUUUUUAAUUUGAUCUAUUAAUUCUGGUUGUUGAACCCAUGGAUUCGCAGAAAAGUCCUCAUCAUGCUGCUUUAUAAGUUUAAUUUAUGUCUAAUUUAAUUUAAUUUAAUUUAAUUCAACUUAUUAAUUUUGUUUGUGAAGCCAAGGUUUUUCCAGAAAAGUGCAGGUACACAUUUGGUAAUUACUCAAAACAAAUAUUAACUUGAAAACUGACUUGGUAAUGAGCA